ACAUGCUCACAAGGUCAGUCCCAAUCCAAAGGAGGAUGAGAACAACCGGAAUAAACCGGGCGUUUGUCGCCUUUAUUACGUUUUUACCUGUUUUAAUAUAUCAAACAGAGGCAUUUUAUAUUAAAAAUAAUUUAACAUCACAAUAUGAAUACGAUGGUGUACCAAUUGAAGCUGGUGUUGAUAUUUCCGAUGCAAUUAUGGUCAAGGCCGUUGAAAUACCCGAAGAGACAGUGACCUAUGAGGGAUCACAAGUUUGGCGAGUACUUGCUGAUAAUGAUCAGGGAGAAUUUGUAUCAUAUCUUCAAGAAACUGGAGAAGUUUCAAAAUGGGUUGGCACUGAGUCUGUUAUUGAUGUUCUUGUUCGUCCUGAUAUGAUACCAAGAGUAUCAAGAUUUUUACGUGAACGACAAAUUAAAUAUGAUGUUAUGAUACCUGAUCUUCAACAAGCAAUUGAUCAAGAAAAUCCAUUGCCAUCACCAGAAGAACUUGAAGAACUUCAAGGAAGAAAAGGUCAUAAAAUGGAAUGGUCAAGUUAUCAUCGUCUAGAUGAUAUUCAUGGAUAUCUUGAUUAUUUAGCAGUGACAUAUCCAUCAAUAUGUUCAGUCAUGUCAAUUGGUAAUUCCUUUGAGGGAAGACCUCUCAAGGUAUUACGUAUUAGCAAGGGACAACCAAAUGUACCAUCAAUUUGGAUUGACGGUGGUAUACAUGCAAGAGAAUGGGUAUCACCAGCAGCUGUCACUUAUAUUAUUGAUAAUCUUGUUGAAAAUAGUGAUGAUUUAAAAGCUGAUUAUUAUAUACUACCAGUUGUUAAUCCUGAUGGAUAUGAGUAUACAUUUCGUGGUGAUAGAUUGUGGAGAAAAAAUCGUAGCAGUCCAGAAAAAGGUGGUGUUUGUAUUGGUGUUGAUUUAAAUAGAAAUUUUGGAUAUAAAUGGGGUGGUCUUGGUACAAGUAAACAACCAUGCAGAGAAAUAUAUACUGGUACAAGUCCAUUUUCCGAACCAGAAACAGCUGCAAUUAAAAAUUUCUUUGAUGCAACUGCUGGAAAUUUUAGUGCUUAUUUGACAUUUCAUAGUUAUGGUCAGUAUAUACUUUACCCAUGGGGUUAUGAUAAACGUGUACCACCAGAUUAUGCUGAACUUGAAGAAGUUGGACGUGCAUCAGCAGCAUCAAUGAAAUCAGCAACUGGUGAUCAUAGUAUUUAUACUGUUGGUAAUAGUGCAACAACAUUAUAUGCUGCAUCUGGUGGUGCUGAUGAUUGGGCUAAAGCAAUGCUUAAAAUUAAAUAUGCAUAUACUAUUGAAUUACGUGAUAGAGGUCGUCAUGGUUUUAUAUUACCAGCAAAAUAUAUUAUUCCAACUGCUCAAGAAGCACUUGCUGCUGUUAAUACUGUUACUAUGGCAUCUUUAAAAAAUUAUAAAAAUUAAUAAUUAUUAUAUUUUAUUUAUAUUUUAUAAAAGA